AUGAUCAUCGGUGGCGGCAUGGCUUACACUUUCCUGAAGAUCAAGGACAGCAUGUCCAUCGGAACCUCCCUCUACGAUGAGGAAGGCGCCAAGAUCGUCCCUGAGAUCCUGGCCAAGGCGGAGAAGCUCGGUGUGGAGAUCAUCCUCCCCGUGGACUUCACCUGCUCCUCCAAGUUUGGCGAGGAUGGUGAGAUCAAGGAAGGUGUGACCAAGGAGACUGGCAUCCCUGAUGGCUUCAUGGGCCUGGACUGCGGCCCAAAGUCCGUGGAGUUGAAUGCCAAGGCCGUGGCCGAGUCCAAGACCAUCAUCUGGAACGGCCCGAUGGGCGUCUUCGAGAUGUCGAAGUUCGAGAUUGGCACAAAGAAGCUCAUGGACGCAGUGGUCGAGGCAACCGGCGCAGGUGUGAUUACUGUCAUCGGCGGUGGCGACACGGCCACUGCAUGCAAGAAGUACGGCACAGAGGACAAGGUCACUCACUGCAGCACUGGCGGCGGCGCUUCUCUCGAGCUCCUUGAGGGUAAGGAGUUGCCAG